UACUUGUCAAUCCAGUUAUUGUUUCCGCCCCACAUAGCAAGGUUGCGUAUGGAUGGUAACUUUCUGGAUUUUCAUGGAUCGCCAAGUUUAAACAGGCUGUUUAUGACCCGGUGAACUGGUUGCCGGGGAGCUAGUCUGACCAUGGCCGCCGGUGAGGCUUUGGGGGAGAGCCAGCUUCGGAGGAUUAUCAGAGAUCUGCAUGAUGCUGUUGCCGAGCUCACUAAAGAGUACAGGGAGAAUGGGGAGCCAAUCACGGAUGAUAGUCCCAAUCUGCACAAAUUCUCCUACAAACUGGAGUACCUGCUGCAGUUUGACCAGAAGGAGAAGACAACAUUUCUUGGCACCAGAAAAGACUACUGGGAUUAUUUCAGCGACUGUCUGGCCAAGAUCAAAGGUGCCAACGAUGGUAUCCGCUUUGUCAAAUCCAUCCCAGAGCUGAAGACAUCUCUGGGGAAGGGCAGGGCUUUCAUUCGCUACUCCCUGGUGCACCAACGACUGGCCGACACUCUGCAGCAGUGUCUGAUGAACCAAAGGGUAACCAGUGACUGGUACUAUACUCGCAGCCCCUUGCUGAAAUCUCACCUCGGCGUUGACAUCAUAAGUCACCUGUAUGAGCUCAACGAGGUCCAGUUUGACGUGGCCUCCAGGGGUCAUGACCUUGACUCGUCUUGGCCCACCUUCGCAAGGAGGACACUGGGCAUGCCCAACUCACCUGGCCACAUGUGGAAACCACCCAGUCGCAGCUCUAGCAUUAACAGUCUGGCCAGCACCUACUCACAGCAGGCUCAUGAGUUCCUUGGCAGCCCUGACAAUGGCCCAAGCAUGCUGAGCGAGUUGAACGAGUUGUUGCCUUCCAGCGUAGAGGUGAGUAUGUUGGACGAGCUCCGCCUGGAGCUGGACCAGUCGGAGCUGAAGCAGCGGGAGCUCCUGGACAGGGUACAGCAGAUGGGGGAGGAGGGUGCUGAGCUCAGACGUGUGGUGGUGGAGCUACAGAGGCAGCUGGACGUGUCGCUGACCGCCCAGGAGAAACAGCAGGGAAUGCAAGGGACCCUGAAAGACCUGGAGGCACGGGAGGAGACCUUGUCCUGCGAGCUGGAAUCCCUGAGGGCCGGGGAGAGGGCCAGGGAGAUUGAAAAUCGCCACCUUCAGGAGAAGCUGGCAGCCGCAGAGGGGAAGAACGUAGAACUAAUGACCAAACUGGAUGGGGUGUUGGAUGAGAAGGGCCAGCAGGCGACUAGCUACUUUGACUCGGCACAGAAGAUUCAUGAGCUACUGGACAGACUGAAGGAGGCUGAGAGGGGGAAGAUAGAGGCUCUGGCAGAGGGAGAGGAUAGGAGGAGACAGACCGACAGGCUGGCAGAUGAGCUAAGGGUCAAAGAGGUGGCAGAAAAGAAGGAUGAGGCCAAGCUCGAGUCGCUGUCAAAAUCCAUUGCAGAGGGGAACGCUAAGUUUGCGGAGUGUGCAGAGGAGCAGCGUAAUGCCAUUGACAAGCUGAAGGGGGCAUUGACUUUGAGAGAGAAGGAGGUCAACAACCUGCAGAGGCAGCUGCAGGACCUCCAGAGUGUUCUGGAAGAGAUGGAGAGACAAGCAGAGGAGGCCAGAAACAGAGCAGAGGAGGAGAAAGAGGAGAUCCAGGAAAGCAUAUGCAGUCUGAAAGAGGCCUUGGAGGUGGAACAACUCUACCUGAAGGAGCAGUUGAAGAGCAGAGAGGCGGAGCUGCUCUCCAGUAUACAGAGGCUUCAGCACCUGGAGGUCCAGAGCCAUAGCCUGACAACGGAGAGGGACAUCCUGAGCGCCAACCUCUCCAAGCUGGAAUCUAGCAUCAGGGAGCAGGCCAAUAAAAUGGAAGAGUACAAGACUCAGUGCACCAACCUGAUGGAGCUGAAUGGGAAGUUGCUUGACACAGUGAAGAGGAAUGAGGAGCUGAAGAAGGAGCUGGCAGAGAGCCGGGCAGCCCUGGAGGGCGAGGUGGCUGCUCUCAGGGCGUCUGACAAGCACCUGAGGGGCCAGCUGGAAGACGCCAAGGUAACAGUGGAUGAGAAGGACAGGAAGUUGCGUGAGGAGAACCGGGCCUUGGACGAGAGUUUACAGAGGGCAGCCAUGGCCGCUGCGGUCUCAAAUGCCUCUACCAAACGGCUGGAGCAGGAGAACCAAGGCCUGAGGGAGGAGCAGGCUACGGUGAGGGCGGCGCUGAGCUCCAUGCAGGAGGAACUGAAGUCCAUCCACGGGCAGAUCGGAGAGCUGGAGAAGAGCUUGGGGGCAUCCCGCAGGAGCGAAGCCAGCCUGCAGGAGCAGCUCAAAGAUCGGAAGGCCCAGCUAGAGAACAAGGAGAAGGGCUGUGCAGAGCUCCAGGCCAGGGUGGAGUCCCUGGAGGCCAGAGGAAGGACACUGGAAAAGGCUAAGGCAGAUGCAGAAAAUGCCUGUGCCAAAAAGACAAAGCUGAUAGAGAGGGUCACCACUGAGAAACAGACGGUGGAGAGAACACAGCUACAGAGAAGCUCUGCCCAGGCCAAGGAGAGCCAGGAGGUAGCCGCCAAGCUGACUAUGGUGGAGGGCCAACUGGAAGUGAACAUGAAGGAGGUGUCCAGGUUCCAGGCAGAAGUGAUGGAUUUGAGACUGCAGCUGAAGACCUCUGGGGAGGACAGGAUGAGGAGCCAGGCCCAGCUGGAGGUGAUGGAGGCCCAGAAAGACGCACUCAGGACCCUAACAGAGCAGCUCAAAGCCCAGACCGAGGCACUUAACCAGAGGCACGUGGCCGAGCUCCUGCAGUGCAAAGAGAGGGAAGAGGCUCUGAGCAGGGAGCGUGACCAGGAGGCAGCCACCCGGUCCGAGUCGGCUGCCGCAGAGGCCUCCGCCAGGGGAGAGCUGGCUACGCUAAAGGCCCAAAAUGAGAGGCUGGCCAUGGAGAAUGCUGAGAUACGUGAAGGCCUCCACCGGGCCAAUACAGAGAUGGCAGAGCUUGGGAUGACUAUCUGUAGACUGACUGCAGAAAGGGAGGAGGCCAAGGGGCUGGGCGGGGAGGCAGACAGGAUAGGGGAACUGGAGGAGAGAACUUCCGGGGAGGUGGAGCGGCUGGAGGCCUGCAUGGCUGCCAUGCGCCAGGAGAACACCGGCCUAAGAGAGGAACUGAGGAUGACAGAGAACCUUCCGGGAGCCAUGCUGGAGCUGCAGGACAAGCUGGAGAAGGCAGAGGGCCAGGUGAGGAGCCUCCAGGACACCAGUCUGGAGGAGAUGGAGGCGGUCAAGUUCCAGAUGAGCUCCGAGAGCAUGAAUCAUCAGAACCAGAUCAAGAGUCUGAAAGAUGAGCUGGGGAAACUGAGGGUCCAGCUGCCUAAAGAGCAGGAGAAGGUGUCCAGUCUGGAGGCCAAAAUCUUUGAGAUAGAGGGGGUGAAUGAGGAGUACUCACGGCUGAUUGGAGAGAAGGAUGCUCAGGUCGCAAAGUCGGAAGCCGCUAUUCGUCAGAGUGAGGGAGAGAUUCAGCGACUGAGAGACUCUGUCACCAGUGCCGAGGAGGCUCUCUUGGAGGUCCAGGCGGCACGUGAGGAGCUGAAGAAGAAAUUGGAGCAGGCCGAGGUUGACAAGCAUAGUCAUUGCCUCAGGACGACAGCAGAGAUCGACGACCUCUACCGAACCAAGAGCACCCUGGAGGAGCGCCUCAUCGAACUAAUCAAGGAUAAGGACAUUCUGUGGCAGAAGUCCGAUGCUCUGGAGUUUGAGCAGAAGCUGCGUGCAGAGGAACGCUGGUUGCAGGACAAGGAGGCCACCCACUGCCUGGGCUGUCAGGGCCAUUUCACCUGGUGGCUACGCCGACACCACUGCAGGCUGUGUGGACGCAUCUUCUGCUACUACUGCAGUAACAACUUUGUGAUGACCAAGCACAGUGGGAAAAAGGAGCGUUGCUGUAGGGAGUGUUACACCCAACAUAGAGCCGUGGUGGAGAGGUUCACAGAUGGUGAGCUGAGUCCCUCCGACACCCAGCUGCCUCCCCCCGUAAUUGGGCCUCACUCACUCCCCAAACCAGCCCCCUACAAACCUACUCCCAGGGUUACAGUGUCGGACCCCAGCACCAAGACUGAUGACGGGGCCUAUGACAUCAUCACAGAGGAGGAUGCGAACGGUAUCUAUGACACUGACUCGCUGUCCCUAACCACAGGGGAUUCACUGGAGGGGGAGCAGGACACACGGCCACUGGGGGCGCUAGAAAUAGGCACAGGAGACACGACUCCAGAUGACCCAGAAGAGAAUGUGCCCACUCUGCAGGACGCAGAGAUCGCCCUUCUCAAGUCUGGAGAAGUCACUCUGGUCGUCCCUGUCAGCAUCGACGACAUCUCUCAGUUUGGCGAUGGCUCCCGGGAGCUUUUUGUCAAGUCCAGUUGCUACAGUGUGAUCUCCAUCGUCGUGGUCGAUUGCAGCCCCACCGUGAGCUGGAUGUUCUCCUCGGAGCCCAAGAGCAUCUCGUUCGGCAUGGUGUACCGCGUGACUGCCGACGUCCCCGUGGAACAAUCCAAGGUGUUGAUUCCUCUGACUCGCUGUAACUCCCACAAAGAGGCCAUCCAAGGCCAGCUGAAAGUCAGGAACCCUGGUCUCUACACACUCAUCUUCGACAACUCCUUCUCAAGGUUCAUCUCCAAGAAAGUCCUCUACCGCUUGACACUCGAGAAGCCGGUUAUUUACGACGGAAUGGAUUUUUAAGACUGAUAGUGGACACUUACGCAGGUUAAAUGUUAUAGGGGAGGAAGAGGGUACAGAGGGAGGACAAUGUGUUUUUACAGGUAUUUAAUUUGAAAGGAUUCCAUGUGCUUAUUUUGUUCUGUGUUCCCCACCAAGUAUUUUAUGUUUUGUUUUGCUGUUUUAUUCUGAAUUGUUUUUUGUAGGUUCCCUAUAUUUUUUUUACACUAAUGCUUUUAUGUUUUGGAGUGUGUUAAUUAUGUUUUAGUUAGAGCACAAACACCCUACAGACAUAGUGGUUCGCUUUUAAGUCAAAUGGUUUGACCUAAUGGACUCCUCACUGAGAUUCGGUGGUGAAAUUCAAAACAAAACCGAACCACAGCUAAGGGGUUAAAAUGCUUACCUUGUAAGUACACGCCAUGGUCUUGUUAAAGAUGGAGAAGUUAUUGCACACACUCCUUAAGAUGACCACACAUUUAUAUACACAUUAUUAGUUCUGAUUUUCUUUCUACCAUGGACUAGCACAGUGUCCACAGGUGAGAUGAUUCUUCUUGAGCAACUGCAUACAUUUGAAUCACACAAUCAGUAGGGAACACUGUACAAAUAGAGCAUCUGUUUCAAGCCCCAAAAACAACACGUUGUUAAGGAGAAGGCAGUUACGUUGGAGCAUCCUCAAAAUGCUGUGAUGCUGAGGGAACAAUGAAAGUGCGGGUCAACAGUCGGUAGUACAGGGGGAUUGAAAGCUUUGCUACUUUUGACUUUUGAAGCCUACUGUUUGAGUGAAUUGAACACUAUGAUGGACCUCUCUCUUCGACCCGUCGAUAGCCUUUCCUGAAGUUAGUCCAUAUUUCAUGUUUUCAGAUGGAAGACUGCCAUCGUCAAUGUCAUGUUGAAAGCACAAGGGGGCGGGGGGCUUUUAUAUCCCAAAGAGAAAUCCAUGUUCAAAUGGUUUUGUUUAAAAGACAAUGUCUUCUCUUAUUUUAACAUAAUACUAUUGUUUAAAAGGACACUAUAUUAUAUUGUUGCAGCACACUGUCAACUAUUAUGAUCUAUUACCAAGCUCAAUUUCACUCACUGACAAAGCAAGUGCCAAUCCUUGCCUUUGAACAUAUUUUUUUCAAAGUUAUGUUUCCAUUACAAGACACAUAAAAACUGUACUGUGAAAAUGAAAAGUUAAGUGCCAAGGUGGCACAUUGUCUUUUCACGUGUGCAGAUUUGACAUGUGUUUUGGAUAGCCAGUUCGUGCUAUACUCAGCAUCUUUAAGAAUCCACUGUUGUAUACAGUGCUUCUACUUCUUUAAUGUUUAGGCUCUCCUCAAGGAAUAAUGCUUAGCCAUAGGCUAUCCUCAUGGAAUAAUACUUAGCCAUAGGCUAUCCUCAUGGAAUAAUACUUAGCCAUAGGCUAUCCUCAUGGAAUAAUACUUAGCCAUAGGCUAUCCUCAUGGAAUAAUUCUUAGCCAUAGGCUAUCCUCAUGGAAUAAUUCUUAGCCAUAGGCUAUCCUCAUGGAAUAAUACUUAGCCAUAGGCUAUCCUCAUGGAAUAAUUCUUACCAUAGGCUAUCCUCAUGGAAUAAUUCUUAGCCAUAGGCUAUCCUCAUGGAAUAAUACUUAGCCGAAAGUUUAUCCUCAAGGAGCACCUCAGGGCACAGUGGAGUAGAGUGGUUCUCAACUGGUUUUGCCUUGGGUCCCAAAUUGAACCAGGUUGUCUCAGUUGCAAAAUGUGCCAAAAACCAUGUUUAAUGCAAUAUUAAUAGUAAAUGUAGAAAUUAUAUGACACAGGGAAAAACAUUCCCACCUCUUUCAUUGUCAUUAAUUCAAUUUGGACCAUAUUCUUGAUGAAGAAUUUUAAACUCACUGGUUUGAGAUGACAAAAAUCUACCAAAAAUUGCACUGCUAAUAGCUAUAUAUUGAAAUACUGUGAUUGAAAAAAUAUUUUUCAGAGAUUAAAUUAUUUAAAAAAUUAAAUUAAUUAUCGUUUCUACACACCUACCUGAUUUAAGUUCAGACUGGAGUAUUUUUUCCAUAUAUAUAUAUAUAUAUAUAUAUAUAUAUAUAUACAGUACCAGUCAAUAGUUUGGACAAACCUACUUAUUCCAGGGUUUUUCUUAGUUUGUACUAUUUCCUACAUUGUAGAAUAAUAGUGAAGACAUCAAAACUAUGAAAUAACACACAUGGAAUCAUGUAGUAACUAAAAAAGUGUUCAACAAACAUUAUAUAUUUGAGAUUCUACAAAGUAGCCACCCUUUGUCUUGAUGACAGCUUUGCACACUUUUGACUGGUAUAAAUAUGUGUUAACAAAAUACACCCCAGACGCAUAAAAACCUUGGGUUGCGACCCACCAGUUGAGAAUUGCUGGUGUAGUGUACCAUGGCAAGCUUAUGUUUGUGUAAGGUCUUUCUGGAUUCUAUCUGAACUGUUUAUAAUAGCAGGCCUAUAUAUGAUACACCAACAUAGGAAUAUGAUUUUGUAAUAUAUCUUUGUAAGGGAGUUUAGAAUUUUGUUAUAGCCAUACAUUCUAGAUCUUGUGUUUUUUGUUGUUGUCACUAAUCUAAGUUGAUCGUUGUCUUUCUCUAUUAGUCGCUAUAGUAAUAAGGCGUGACCACCCUUGUUUACAAUACUGCCUAUUCAAGGAGCUUACCAAUGUUUUUCACGAAUGAAGCAGGAGUCCGGGGUGGAUAACCAUUAGAGUGGAAAAUGCAAUACUGACCCAAGAUCAGAUUCUAGGGGCAACUUCACCCUACACCAAAGAGUCGAGGGCUAAAUCGGAUGCUGCUUUUGUAGAGAACUGUUUCCCAUUUCUAAGAUUUUAUGAGUGGUCUAAAUUUGUGCAAUUUGUAUACAAAAAUCCUAAUUUUCUCUACGGUUUUGCACUUUUUGUAAUGAAAAACAAUAAUAAUGAUUUACAAAGUCACAAUGAAUUGUGUUUUGAACCAAGUCUGUUUGAUGGUGGUUGUGCUGGGGAAGAUAUCCUAUGUAUUUUAUUUAAAAAAAAACGUAUUUCAAGAGUCAGCCAUCAUCAUAUUCUCUAUCUAUGCACUCACUGUUAUAAUGGUUAUGGUACUGGUAAAACGUACAGUUCAACUUUAAAAUAAAGUUUGUAAAUGUCA